AUGGAUACAGCUGGAGACUGUAGGAAGACACAAGCGAGAGUGAGUCCCAAUCCCCUGACACGCCUGCAAGAGGUAGAACCCUGCGUGGCAAAGCGGCGCUUGUCACAGGCACGCCACCGGGCUACGCUGGCAAGACUCCUCAGUGGCUUGCGGGUAGCUGUUUUAUCCCAGUCAGACAACUCGGUCUCAAAGUAUCAGGUUUUGCGUAAGGCUAAGAAAUCUAUCCAGAAGCUGGAGCAAACCUUGGGUUCUUUGCUGAAGAUGGAAGAGUCCUUCAGCUUGGAGGAUGGGAACCCGUCCCACUUGGAGGAAGUCAGGGAGGAAUAUGUCAAGAGGCACUUCAGUAAUCACAGGACUGCAUCAGCCUCGGAAGCUGUGAGUGAGAGUGACUCUGCCAUCUGGUAUUUGAUUGAAGAAUGUGAAAAACAAACAACGGAAGAGGAUGAGAGGCCAGAAUUUAUCCAGUCUCCAGACACUGCAUCCCUGGAUCUGGUGGAAUUUGAACGAUACCUGUAUUUUUAUAAGCACACAGUGGACCUGCUGGUAGAGCAUGGAAUUGUUUGCACUGAGGAGGUGCCUCUUCCUGAGGUCUCCACAGCUAUUUCCCACCUCUGGCAAGAGCUUUCUGAAGAAAGGAGAGACAGCAUCUUGCAGUACUGUAGCCAGAGAGACUUCCUCAUGGAUCCUAAGGCUGCUUGCCAAGAGCCUGCAUGCACUGAAGGUAGUGUGAGGGACAGCCGAGGUAACAGUGAGGAAGCCAGUGGUUCCUCAGGCUCCACACCAGAGGAAGUAAUGUUUGAAGAUGCAUUUGACGUUGCUGCUGGUUUCCUUGACAGAAGCGAGACUCAGGGAAUGUCUAGCAGAAGUUCAGCAUUCGCAGGCUGCACUUCUGAAAAUCCAGAGGAUCACCACGGACUCUAUCUGCAGAUCACUGACUUCCUAAAAAACCUCUUUUUUGCUAAUACACAGUUUUGCCAGGAAGAAGAUCUACAGUUUGAUUAUGAGACUGUGAUGCUGAGGUGCACUGAGACCUUCGAUGAUGAAGAUUUCUAA